AUGCGCCGCCUUAUAUUUGUCCACAGUUUCGUAGAGAAUGCACUGGUAGAUAUCCUGUACACUCAUCUCCCAGUUGUAUGGGACAUACCAAAAUCGGCUAAAGCUGUCAAUUUACAGGAAGGAACCUCGGCAGUUCUGCAAAUUUUAUUUGCUUUUGCAUCGGAUGCCUAUCUGGCCCGCUUCAAAAUGGUGGUUUACUCCACCAUAUCUUACAACAUUGGGUUGGGGCUGUUCUGGAAUGCGGCCUGGCAUACAAAUACAGAGAUUCGAACUGCUUACUUGGGAUUGGUGCUAAUAACUCUGGCGAAAGCAGCAAAAGCUGUAUCCUUGAAAGCGUUUCUUGAUGAUCAAUUCAUGGCGAAGGAUAUCCCAACCGCAGAAGAGGAUGAAGAACGACAACAUAGCCGUAGCAACGUCUGGUGGUGCUCUGCAUCUAUCUUGGGAGCUAUUCCAGCUAUUUUUGUCCCGAGUUCACCGAAGCUGCUUUCUAUGAUCUCUGCAAUUGCAAUGAUGGUUGCAUACCUGUGGUUCUGGUUAGGUGCAAAAUUUUACGAAUGCAAUCGACCAACAGGCAGCGCCAUCUCUGAUGUUCUAUUUGUUAUCAAAACAGCAGUACUAAAAAGAAAUCUUCGCUAUGAAGGUGUUAAACGUAUUGCGCCUCACAUUUCAUGGUUGAGGUGGUUAGAUAAAGCUCCCAUUGUGAUUGAAAAGGAAAAUAGGCCAGACAAGCCUUGCACUGCUGCACAAGUGAGUGAAGAUAAAUUUUUAUUAGGGAUGGUUCCUAUGUGGACAACUUUCCUUACAUACAGUCUGGUUGAUGCGACAGGGAGCACCUUCUUUUUCGAGCAAGCAAGCAACAUUGAUGACAAAUUCCCUGCUACUGUUUUUGUUAUAUUAGUAACAGUCUUUGUUUGUAAACGUUAG